AUGAUAGCCCACAUCAAAAAAAAAGGACCAUAUGGCUCAAGGUCAUCAGAUCUCCAAAUGAGGAAUAUGUCACGAGUGGCAGGCUCUGGCGCUCUCCUUGAAUGGAGCGAGGUGAAGGACAUGACAGCUUGCCUGGUAGAUCUAGUACGUCUUAUGAAACGCGAGUAUCAUACUAUCAUCAGUGCCAUACAUAUGAGCAACAAGGAGCACUCUCACUGUGUUAUCGGCGGACAGUUCGGGGCGCUGCUGCUCCUGACGGCGGUGGCCCUCCACGGCGCCUCCUCCCUGCCCACCGCUUCCCUGGCUGACGUCCUCGCUCGGGCACGCCACCAGGAGGCGCCCUCCUCCCGCCGCCUGCAGGUUCUCGACCCAGAAACCUUAAGGAAGAACAUCACCCUGGCGGAGGAGGAGAAGGAAGAGACGGCGAAGGCGGCGAAGGAGGAGGACGAGGACGAGGACCACAUGGAGGGCCUUCUGGAGUACCUGGAGCUCGAGACCCUGGACGCUGAGGACCCGAGGAUGACCUCUCCCGACGGGCUGACGCUGCUCAGUCACUCGGGGAACGCGCUGACCUUCACCAAGGAGACGGGCGGCCUCGUGAACCUCAACGGAGCGCCGGUAGAGGGCGUGCAAACCCUUCCUGAUGGCACCGAAGUGUACACGUUGGAGCGCUUCCUCGAGGAGCACAAAGGGCGUCUCGAUGAAGCCUUCAGGUUCUUGAGCCAACAAGCGAAUCGUCUCCAACCGCAAGGAAGGCAUCUGGUGGCUGACCAUCACACCAGGAUUCAAGAACAAAAGAACGAAGCCGUGGAAACAGCGUCUCAAGUGCCUCGCCCUCUACCGGAAGCUGAGGUCCCUAAGCCCCUCGUGGUGGUUAGCGAAGUCACGGAAAUAUCGUCGGAGAUCUCAGCCCCGGUGACUUCCAUCACGCUAACGAAAUUCUCAAUGUCCUCUCUCUCGGAUAAGCCCGUUGCGGCCACGAAGACCGAGUCGGCGUUCGAGAAGACGGCGCCACCUAAAGAUACCAACGAUGUGGAGCCAAAGUCGGCAACAGAGUCUCUGUUUGGUCCUUCGGCAGAAGAGGAACCGGCGCCGCAGACGGAAAUCCCGGCAAAAGCCUCGACAGCUGAAGCGGAUCCUGUCACAGAUUUUGUCUACGAGCCAUCGCCAGAAGAACCCAUACCUGUGACAGAUUCUGUGUUCGUAAGCCAAGUGGAACCUGAAGGUGCCACAGAAAUGUUUGAGUCUGCUUUGGUUGACGUAGUUCCAGCAACAGAGGCUGUGUGGGACCCAUCCACAGAAGAAGCCAGUCCCGUAAUAUCUAUUUCAAGCAAGUCUUCGUCCGCGGAUCUUGAACAAAGAUCAAAAACCCACACUGAGUCACCAGUGGUUAUUCCAGCAACAGGGUCAACGGUAGAAAUAGCUCCUGAGGACUUUAAUCCACAAACAGAAAUCCUUUUCGAAACCGCGUCUCCUGAUCCUGUAAAAGAACGAGAGGAACAGACAGAUCUCACAUCACAUGCACUUCCCAUUACAGAGAUACCAUUUGAGGUAUCGUCAGUAGAACCAGAACCGAUUACCGAAACCUUGUUCAAAUCUCUGCAAAAGCCUCCUCCAACAACAGAAUCUAUGGACGAACUAUCUCAGGACUUCACGCUGGAGAAUGAAACUGACUCUGUGCAUGAACAUCCGAGGAUCUCCGAUGCUGUACUAGAGACAGAACUCCCAACAACGGCUUUAUUAGAUACUGAGUUGUCAUUUGAUAGUCACGAAAAUAUUAUUCCAAGAACAGAAAUUCCACAUGUGGGUUCUGCAGAAUAUCAUCCCAAGACUAAGAUUGUAACUGAGGCACCUUUAGAAACCCUCCCAGAAAUCCCUCAAGUUGAAUAUGUUACGAAUCUCUCACCUCUGGAGUCUAUAGUAACUGACAACACUCAUGAUGGUGUUACAGUUGAGACAGAGACCCAGCUCGGAAAUGCUAAUGAGACCAAAGACACACCGGAGGAACUCGGUCACUCUCUGGACAUUGCAGGAAGAGAACAUAUCCUGCCCCAAAACACAAUAGUUAAAAGUGUCGACUCGGAGGACGUCCUUCUGGCAGAGAGUCAACAAAAUGUUAUCCCACAAAUACCUGUGGCCACAGAAGAAGUCAACAUUGCUUUGCUAGAUGUGUGGAAGGAAGCUCUCAGCCACAGUGAAACCAACUCAUCAGGAGCUGUAACAGGUGUACCUAGUACUAUUUUGUCUCCUGAUUACUUCACAAUGGUAAACUUAGUACCCCAAGAUGCCCCACAUCCAUUGUAUGGGGACACACCUGAAGUAGCAGCUCUUCGUAAAGAAUUCCUCUUAGACUACCUGGUCUUGGAGCCCUUCGACUUCCAGGAUCCUAGAAUGAUACAACCUGAAGGACUUGCUGUUUCCAACCUAGGCGGGAAAGAACUCGUAUUCUACGUGGAUACUAAUGACAAUCUGACUGUCAAUGGAGUAUUAGUUGAAGACUUCAAUAUCUUAUCCGAUGGGACGGUGGUCUUCACCCUCUCAGACUUCUUGUUCGAUCACCGCCAAGUGAUUGACGAGAUCCUUCAAACACUUCCAAGAAAUGAUGAAGGAUUAUUCUUCCAGGAACAUGAGCUGGCAUCUGUUCCUGAAGUGACAACAAGUACAAGUGAAACAUCAGAAGCCACGAAGAAAGAAGAAAUAAACACAUAUUCAGCAACGGAUGCCCCAAGUACGACCAGCUUACCAGUUGCUGUCGCAAAAGCCGUGGUUUCUAAGGACUCAUCCUUUAACGAAGUAACGAUUCCUGCAGAGCCAGUCCCAGCUAAAGAACCAGGUUUCACUACAGACAAGGCAUUGGAAGUAGAAGAAAUUUCCACAGGAACCGAAAACCUAAAUCCUCCUGAAGAUAUUGUUAAUACCACAGAUAUACCACAGCAUCACACAGAAGAGCAGGACACAACAGGACAGACUUUCGCAUCCGAAGAAUCCACAGGUCUUACAGAGCCUCUCCUGACAGUCCCCCAAAUUCCACAGCUUGUCGAAGAAGGAGAGUCCUCUUCACUCCUGAACUUAUGGCGUCACGCUCUAAGGCAUCAGGACGCCGCAGCUACACUCAGGGAUAAUAGAGAGCCGAAGACCCUCAUUUCUCCAGACUACUUCAUCGUCAUGAACCUGGUGCCCCAAGACGCCCCUCACCCGCUGUACGACGACGCCCCCGAGAACGUGCUCCUACGAACGGAAUUCCUGCUCGACUACCUGGUCCAGGACCCGAUCAACGUCCAAGAUCCCGAAAUAUCCUCGCCCGAAGGAAUCAGUGUGACCAACCUUGCCGGGAAGAAGUUAACCUUUGCUGCCGAUCCUCAAGGCAAGAUCAGCAUCAACGGGGUCCCUGUGGAGAUGGUGGAGAUCCUCGAAGACGGCACGCAGGUGUACACGGUGGAGGAUCUGCUCUUCCACCACAAAGCUCGAGUGGAUGAGGCCUUCUUCCACCUCGUCAGCCAGCCUGCCGAGUUUGGUCCACUUGGAGAGCCCUUGGACAUCCCUGCGCCUCCUACUCCUACGAAGGACUUCCUGGACACGCCCCUGCCAAGGAUUCCUCACCAGGUGGAUGCUGAGGACUCGUCUUCACUCCUCAGUCUCUGGCGCCAUGCCCUCAGGGAGCAGGAACCCUCUCUGGCGCUCAAGGAAGACACAGUCCCCAAGACCAUCCUAUCUCCCGACUUCCUUGAGAUGGGCAACCUCGUUCCCCAAGACGCCCCUCACCCCCUCUACGACGACGCCCCGAAGAACGUGGCCCUCCGGAACGAGUUCCUGCUGGAUUACCUCGUCCGGGAUCCUAUCAACGUGCAGGAUCCCAACAUCAGCUCUCAGGGGGGCAUUAGCGUCACGAACCUCGCCGGGCACCAGCUGUCCUUCGCAGCGGAUUCUGAAGGGAAACUGACCAUUAACGACGUCCCUGUGAAGAUGAUCGAGAUUCUGUCCGACGGGACGCAGGUGUACACUCUGGCCGACUUCCUGUUCGAGCACCGGGCGAGGGUCGACGACGCCUUCCUGCACCUCAUCAGCCAGCCGGCGGAGUUCGGGCCGCUCGGGGAGCCUCUGGGGAUCCCGACACCAGCCGAGCCUUCUGCAGAGAUCCUCGCCGGGGAAUCCCCUCUGACGGUGCCCAGGAUCCCCAAGUUCGUGGAAGAGAGAGAGUCCUCCUCGCUCCUGCAGGCGUGGCGGCAGGCGGUCAAGCAGCAGGACCCGGAGGAGACACUCAGGGACGGGAGAGUCCCCCAGACCGUCCUCACCCCCGACUUCCUCGAAAUGGAGACCCUCGUCCCAGCAGAGGCCGCCCUUCACCCUCUCUACGACGACACCGCCGCAGCAGCCGCCCUCCGCGCCGAGCUCCUCCUCGACUACCUCGUCCUCGAGCCCGUCGACAUCCACGACCCGAGGAUGGCGUUCCCCGACUACCUCAACGUCACCAACCUUGGCGGGAAGGAGCUCGCGUUUACGAGGCACAGGGACCGGCGAGUGACGGUGAACGGCGUCCCUGUGGAGGCUGUGGAAGUCCUUGAAGACGGGACUCUGGUCUACACUCUGGCCACGUUCCUCUUCGACCACCGCCAGAGGGUUCAGGAGGCGCUGGACGAGGUUCUCGGACAGGGGUUCGGAGGGGUUCGCGAGGGAGAGCUGGCCCUGCAGGACUCUCCUCGCGUAAUCUCGGAGUCAGCUGAACCACUUCAGAAACCAACAGUAAUGGCCAAGGAAUCGACGCAGAAACAGGAGGCGAGUCAGACGGAACAGGAGACGUCUCAACCUCAACAGGAAACGACUGAAGUGGAAGAGAUAUCGAGUCAACCACAACAGGAACUGCUCGAACCACAGCAAGACUCGACUCAGGCGCAACAGAAAUCGAGUCUGUCACUACAAGAAGAAGAGACGACUCACCCUCAACAGGACUCGACUCAAGGGCUACAACAGAAGUCGACUCGACCGCAGCAGGAUAAGACGACUGCCGAGGCCCUGCCAGAGACGACCGAGGUGCAAGAAGAACCGAUUCAGUCAAAGGAUGAGACGCCUCGACCGCAGGAGGAGGAAGUGAGCGAGCCAGUUACUGAGGCGAACCAACAACCUACUGAUCCAGAGGAAGAACUAGCUCAAGGUCCAACUCAUGAACCAGCUCAAGAACCUCAAGAACCAAUUCAAGGAACAGCUCAAGAGCCAAGCCAAGAACCAGCUCAAGAACCAGCUCAAGCACCAACUCAAGACGCAACUCAGACGCUAACGCAAGCACCAACUCAAGAACCAGUCGUAGAAGGAGCACCUCACCAGCCACCCCAAGAAGUCCUCCUGGCGGUGCCGAGGAUCCCGCAGGAGGUGGACGAAGGAGAGUACUCGUCGCUGCUGAACCUGUGGCGAUUCGCGCUGAGUGAGCAGGGCGGGGAGGCGGCGCUCAGGGAUGGCGAAGAACCGCAGACCAUCUUGUCUCCCGACUUCCUGGUGAUGGUCAACCUCGUGCCCCAAGACGCCCCCCACCCCCUCUACGACAGCGCCCCCGAGAACGUCGCCCUCCGCCUCGAGCUCCUCCUCGACUACCUCAUCCUCGAACGUGUCAGCCCGCAGGACCCGAGGAUGACCCAGCCGGAAGGCCUCACGGUCACCAAUCUCGCCGGGAAGGAGGUCAACUUCAGGGUCAACUUGGAAGAACCCAAAUCAACCCGUGAAAUAAGAACGCCCAUGAUAACCGCCUCCCCCCUCCACAUGGCAACGAGGUUAACAGGCGUGAGACACACUCUCAGCCCCGGAGUUGCCGUCUGGCGGAAGGGACAGGCCGGCCGAUCCCCAAGGAUCCCUCGGCCGUGGAUGAAAGGGAAGAGGCCUCGUCCCUCCUCACGCCUGGGCGCCAGCCUGCCCAUCAGGAAUGCAGGACUCGCGCGCCAACGUUCAGGGAUGACAAGAAUAAAAAUAGCCUCCGUUUCCGGCGCCUCUCCCUCAGUCCCCAAGACGCUCCUCUCUCCCGACUUCCUCGAGGUGGCCAGCCUGGUUCCCCAAGACGCCCCCCACCCCCUCUACGACGACGCCCCCAGGAACUCGGCCCUCCGCUCCGAGCUCCUCCUCGACUACCUGGUCCUCGAGCCCGUGAGCGUGCAGGACCCAAGGAUCGCCUCGCCUGAAGGACUCACGGUGACGAAUCUCGGAGGGAAACCGCUCACCUUCAAGGCCGACGUCGAGGGACACUUCACCAUCAACGGCGUGCCCGUGGAAGGCGCGGAGGCCCUCGAGGACGGGACCUUCGUGUACACUCUGGCCGACUUCCUGUUCGAGCACCGGGCGAGGGUCGACGACGCCUUCCUGCACCUCAUCAGCCAGCCGGCGGAGUUCGGGCCGCUCGGGGAGCCUCUGGAGAUUCCCACGCCUGUCGAACACACGGCGACGGAGGAGGCAGCUUAUCCUACGACGGUGCCAAGGAUCCCCGGUCUGGUGGACGAACAGGAAGCCUCGUCUCUCCUGAACCUCUGGCGCCAUGCCCUCAGGACGCAGGACGUCUCAGCCACCCAAAGGGACGAUAGAGUCCCCAAGACGCUCCUCUCUCCCGACUUCCUUGAGGUGGUCAACCUGGUUCCCCAAGACGCCCCCCACCCCCUCUACGACGACGCCCCCGAGAACGUGGCGCUGCUGAAGGAGAUCCUGCUGGACUACCUAGUUCUCGACCCUCUCAGUAUCCAGUCGACACAGUCAGGGGGACUCAGGGUUACCAACCUCGCCGGGAAGGAGCUGUUUUUCGCCGUCGACAACCAGGAUAACCUCUUAGUCAACGGAGUCAAGGUGGAAGCAAUGGAGGUCCUCUCAGAUGGAACACAGGUCUUCACACUCACGGACUUUCUCUUCGACCAUCGUGAACGCGUGAACAAGGCCUUCCGAAAGCUGAACAAACAACCCUCUUUGUUCACACCGCUGGGCGAACCUUUGGAUCUCCAAGCCGAAGCUCAACCAGCUCUCAAGACAACUGAACAAUUUGACGAAGUUGCUUUUGUACCAGAAUUAGUUGAAGAACAAAACGGGUUCGAUCGGUCUUCAGCAGAGGCUAUUCAGACGCAGCCGGAGAAUGAUCAGAUACCGUCAGAGAGUGUCAGAAAGACGGACGAAACGGCGUCGGAUUCGCUCCUGACAGAAACGCAGACAUUCCCGGAGACAGCGGAAGGUUUGCGAGAGCCGGAGCAGGCGCUGGUAGAAGACGGCGGUGACUUGUCUGGAUCCGCGAGAGCAGAACAAGAAGCAACUCGAGCAGAGGUGGUAGCUGUUUCAGAUUCGGACUUGGAACUGCUGGAAUCGAUUCAAGCAGGCGCGGAAUCGGAUCCAGCUGAGUUAGGAGAUGUUCCGAUAGUUCCUGGAGUUUAUAGCAUCCAGUCCGAUCCUGUUCGGGUAGUGCUGGAAGCGGAGGAAGCACAGGUAGAUCCUCUUGAAGCUGUUCCGGAAGGCGAUCAGAUUGCUUCGGAGUCGAUUCAGAUCCAAGUCGUGUCAGAAACGGAUGACACGCCACUAGAACCCCUCCAAGCAGAUCCGGAAGCAGAACAAACCCUGCCAGAGCCCGCACAGGAGCAAGCAGCGUCGGAAACCGUUCAAAAACCUUCAGACUCAAUUCAAGAUCUUUCAGAGUUGACCCAAGCGAUAUCAGAGACAGACGAAGCCAUGCCAAAAGCUCUCCAGACAGAGCCGGAAGUGGAACAGCCACAGGGUCCCGCAGCCGCAGAGACUACCCUGAGCCUCCCCGAAAUCCCCAAGCUCGUGGACGAAGGGGAAUCCUCGUCCCUCAUCGACAUCUGGCGCCACGCACUCAGGGCUCAGGGUCCGUCGGCUGCACUCAGGGAUGCUAGAGAACCAAAGACGCUCCUAUCUCCCGACUUCCUGGAGGUGGUGAACUUGGUACCCCAGGACGCCCCUCACCCCCUCUACGACGACGCCCCUGAGAACGUCGCCCUUCGCACGGAGUUCCUGCUCGAUUACAUGGCCCUGGAUCCCAUCGACGUCCAGGAUCCGAAGAUAGGGUCAGCCGAAGGACUCCAGGUGACCAACCUGGCGGGGAAGACACUCGCCUUUGCUGUUGAUUCGGAAGGAAACCUACGCAUCAACAACGUGCCUGUGAAGAUGAUCGAGAUUCUGUCCGACGGGACGCAGGUGUACACUCUGGCCGACUUCCUGUUCGAGCACCGGGCGAGGGUCGACGACGCCUUCCUGCACCUCAUCAGCCAGCCGGCGGAGUUCGGGCCGCUCGGGGAGCCUCUGGAUGCCUUGAUCCCCGAACCUGACACCCUGAGCGAAGUCUGAGCUGACAGGAGCUGACAGCGUGCCACCUCCAUGACAACCGCUGUCAGAAACACUUUGCUUCAUUCUAGUCACAUUGUACAUCGACGAUUUUUUUUUGCAUUAAGAGUGAACAUGCAUUUUUUCCUGUUUUUUCUUUUUCUUUCUUUCUUUUUUUUUCUUUUCUUUUUUCCUUUCUUCACCUGAAACGCUCAGCGACUGAAGUUGUAUUUGUAAACAAUUGCUUGAGGUAAAGAGAAGAGGUUCUAGUGGGGUUCAGAGGUUUUAUGAGUGAGAGAAACCACAAAUAAGGAGAAAUUGAAGCCUUUCGACUUUUUUUUAUUCAGUGAGGGAAAAGCAAAGGUAAGGGUAAUUGAAGUUUUUUUUUAUUAAGUGAGAAAUAACAAGGGUAACGGAAAUGGAAAUCAUCAUUUAAAAAAAUCAAAGAUAAGGAAAACUGGAAUUUUCGUAAAAUUCUUUUUCCUUAUUUUUUUCUUCUUAUUCAGUGAGAAAAAAUACACAGGCAAGGAAACUCAAGAUCUUCAUAACGUUUUUUUUUUAUUCAAUGAGAAAAAUAAUGAGAAUUUAAAUCUUUAUAACCUUUUUUUUCUUUUUGUGGUAUUCUAAACUUAUUCGGAUGUUGCAAUUAUAAGCAAAAGUGUGUUUUCAUUUAUUUAGAAGUGAGAAUGUGUCUAUUUGUAUAUAUGUGUGCAUAGUAUUGUGUAUGAGUGACUGUAUAAAUUAAUUUAGGUUAACUCGCCGAUUUUUUUUCCUUUUACAAAAUAUGUGACUGUGAAUAUGAAAUAACCGCUAUAUUGUAAAUCAAUUCAAAUGUUAUGUGUUUUAAUAAGUGAUAUUAAAAGUUAAUGGAUAUUGUC